UUUCUGCAAAACACCAUCAUCCAUACACAUCCAUCACGUAUACCUGCUCCCAAAACAAGUCACAUAUCCAUCAUGACAACCAACCCAAACCUCCUCUUUGCUCUGGAACGCAUCUCCAAAGCGCCUGUCCAGGCUUCGUCCCUUCCUACCACUAUCGCUACUCCACUUGGACCGCACAGAACUCUGGCACGCCCAAAAGAUCCUCGUCAUGGCUGUAUCAACGGCAUCAAAAUUUCCACGUGCAAGAUGUGCGCUGGUCAUGUGCUGAGAGGCAAAGUACCAUGCACCGGAUGCAAAGGUACCGGCUUCGUGGGAGCUAAAUGCACUGCGUGUGCCAUUGGAGCAAUGCUUGCACAACGAGUGCUGAUCAAGGAGGCUGCUGCUGAUGUCCUGGCUGGGAAUGACAAGAGAGCAAAGGACCUUCAGAACAAGACCUCAACUACGAAAACAAUAUCAACGUCGCCAGAGUCUUCAGCGGGAGAAGACACUCGAGCGAAGGAGACAACGGACCAGACUGUAUUAGACGAAGAAGGCGAGAUCUUCGAGGAAUGA